UAGACUGUAUUUUCUUCGGGUCGUAGACUGCACUUACACUUCACUGCCAUGUUUUUUCUGUAUGCAUUGAUAAAUGUGCACAACGAGGAAAUGGCACGUCACUGAUAAGAAAUAAUGCACCGUUGGAUAUAAUCUACUCUCGAUUAAUUGAGGAACACAUUUAGGUAAUCGUGCACACAGGUAUCUUGCUUCGGAAUACGUUUUGAUUUUUUUGGAAGAGUGCAAGGUUGUGAUAGAAAUACACUCUCGCGGUCGCCUUGGAAGGAUUGAAGCGGCCAGCAGUCAGACGCAACAGCGAGGGACUGACUCUUCUUUCCUUUGGGGAGGAGGAUUGGAUUUGCGUCACCGCAGGGGUUUCAGUGUGGGUAAGAUAUUCACAAGGCGGAGGAACAGUCGACUGUAUGUGACAUGAAAUUGGUGCUCUUCUGGGACAUUGCUUCCGGCCCGGGGGGGGGAAUGGCCCGACCGCCGGUACCCCUGUGACUGGGUCAGCUGUACGAGACCAGAGAGGAGUCCAAUAUGGGGAUGGAUGAGAGGUCAUGCGUGUGGUUCAGUUGAGGCCUGCGUUCUGCCCUCCCUGCUUACCUGGCCGCCGGCAUGUACAGGAGGAAUGGACUGAUGGCCAGUGUAACGGUCACCUCCGCCACUCCAGAGGGCAGCAGCAGCUCGGAGUCCCUGGAUGGGCGGAGUGUGGACUAUGCCAAAAGCUACGAUGCUGUUGUGUUUGAUGUGCUGAAAGUGACACCGGAGGAAUUUGCUAGCCAGAUUACCCUCAUGGAUGCCCCAGUAUUCAAAGCGAUACAGCCAGAGGAGUUGGCUAGCUGCGGGUGGAGCAAGAAGGAGAAGCACAGCCUGGCGCCCAAUGUGGUGGCCUUCACCCGGAGGUUCAACCAGGUCAGCUUCUGGCUUGUGAGGGAGAUACUGACCGCGCAUACUCUGAAAAUCCGAGCUGAAAUACUGAGCCACUUCGUCAAAAUUGCUAAGAAACUGCUUGAACUGAACAACCUCCAUUCGCUGGUGUCUGUAGUCUCUGCCCUGCAGAGUGCCCCCAUCUUCAGACUCAGCAAGACCUGGGCGCUGAUAAGCCGGAAGGACAAGGCCACAUUUGACAAGCUAGACUACCUAACAUCCAAGGAAGAGAAUUAUACGCGCAUGAGGGAGUACAUCCGGUCACUGAAGAUGGUCCCCUGUAUCCCCUACUUGGGACUCUACCUGUUUGACAUGAUCUACAUCGACUCAGCUUAUCCGGCCUCCGACAGCAUCAUCGAGACGGAGCAGAGGACCAAUCAGAUGAAUAACCUCCUCCGGGUUAUCUCUGACCUUCAGGUGUCCUGCAACUACGAUCACCUGCUGACGUUGCCACAUGUGCAGAAGUACUUGAUGUCUGUGCGCUACAUUGAGGAGCUUCAAAAGUUUGUGGAGGAUGACAACUACAAGUUGUCUCUGAAGAUUGAGCCAGGGAACAGCUCUCCCCGCCUGGUUUCCUCCAAGGAAGAUCUUGCAGGCCCCUCAGAGGUGGCUGCCUCGGUGAGGUACAACCGCCGGCCCACCUGCCCCGACACCUCCGUUGGUGCCCACCUACCUACUCCGCCCCCUUCCCGACACAGGAAGAGCCACAGCCUGGGCAACAACAUGAUGUGCCAGUUCAGCGUUGUGGAGAGCAAGAGUGCCACCUUCCCCACAGAGAAACCACGCCACCUGCUGGACGACAGCUUCCUGGAGUCCCACAGUCCAGCACGGAAUCACACACAUAACUCUUCACACGUCUUCACCAACGGCCUUUCCCGAGGUAGCAGUGAAAGUUCAUUCAGCGAGGAGUUGUCAUCUGGGGUAGAAAGGGGCCGCAUGUAUGCCACACUGGGCCCCAACUGGAGGCUUCCGGCUGGGAAUUCACCCCGCAGCCGGAGCUAUAUGUACAGUCCUUCAGGUGCAAACUCCAGCUACGAGUGCAGUGCACUGGGGAGCGUCACCAUGGAGGGUCCCUUACGGAGGAAGACCUUGCUGAAGGAGGGCAGGAAACCGACACUGUCUUCCUGGACGCGUUACUGGAUUGCCCUCUCUGGUUCCACCCUGAUCUACUUCGGAGCCAAAGCCCUCAGAGCCUCUGAGAGGAAACAUUACAAAUCCACCCCCUGUAAAAAGAUCACCAUCACUGGAUGGAUGGUGGUGCUCCCUGACGACCCAGAGCACCCCAAUAUCUUCCAGCUGAAUGACCCUGACAAAGGCAAUGUUUACAAGUUUCAAACUGGAUCCAGGUUUUCUGCAAUAAUAUGGCACAAGCACCUGGAGGAUGCCUGUCGGAGCAGUAGACCGCAGAUACCAGCCAACCUUAUGUCAUUUGAGUAGCCACCGCCUGACACUUGCCUUGCAGAGUAAAGUGCCAACCUUGUCUGGAUGAGAGGGCCAGAAUUGAACAUGUGGAAACGCAGGGGUUUGAGUAGAGAACAUUGAAAGCACUUUUCGCGCCACAUCAUUGCUGUAGGUGGAGUGGACGCUUGCCCUCCCAAACACCCCCGCCCCCAAGCGGUGUACCCGGAACUUGUUUGGAAACUGAAAGCACUCACUGACUCAUCUGGAGGGGAGGAAGUAAAUGUAGCGGUUUGCUUCAUGUUUUUUUUUUUAACGGCAGGAAACUUGCGAGCGGAACUUGCAAAGAUUGCCGUUUGAAGGACAGGCGUGAAGAGAUGUAGCAACCUCCACAUUGAGGCUCCUGCCAGGCUGACAUCAGUUAUUUCUGUCUUUUGUUGUUGUUGUUUUUUUUGGUUUCAUUUUUUUUGUAGUUGUGCUGCUUCAUGUAAGUAGGGGGAAAAUAGACUUUAGCCCAUGUUGGGUUUUAAAUGAAAGGAAUGAAAAAGAAGAAAUGUACAGAGGAAAAAAAAAAAUACUACUGACAGUGUUAAAAUGGGGAUUGUAGAGGGAAGCAGCAGCGAUUCUUCAUGUCCCAGGACUCCUGCCCUGUCCAGUAGGGGGGUGCACUGUGGGAGGGUCCUGGUCUGACCCUUCCACUCCACUCACCUGCUCGGAAUGCAGAAAUCCAAUGCAUUUUGGCACCCUAAGAAUUUACUUAUUAAAUACAAUACAUACUGAUAAUACAAAAAGAAAAAGAAAAUAAUUGUCUCAUUAAUUUCUUAAGCUGUUGGUUUUGCUGGAGAGGUAACUUUUUUGAUAAGAUACUACGUUAUACAUUCACCUUCAGGUGACUGUAUUAUAGCUAUACUUGCAGCUCAUUCGAUUUGCUGAAGGCUGGAAGGAUACGGUGAAUCAUUUCCAAGCCACAGUACACACUGUGAAUCAAAGGAAUGGACUUUUUCAGUAUACAUUAAAACAGUAUUAUUCGACAGUACAAAUAUGUGAGCCAUAUUGUCAACAAGUGAGGUCCCUCGUUGAGGUCACCUUUGAAUUUUAAUAGCAAAUAGUACACCCAGGGAGUGUGAUAAAGUAAAAUAAACAAUAUUUUUGGAAUUACUUCUCUACCAAGAAGGAAAUGCUGCCCACUGAACUACAGAAUAUAUGUUCAUAACUGUGCCUCCAGGGACAUGGUUGAUAUCGUUAUAAUGUUAUGUUAUUGUCAUUUUUAAAGUUUGUUCUACUGAGCCAGGCGAUUAAAGAAUGGGCUGUUUCAACAAUGUAAUACAUGUGCUGUCGUAAUUGUAUUCAUUUAAAGAGCUGUAAAUAGACCUGUUUCCCUGUUUUUUCAGGUUUACUGCACUGUAGUAGCAAGCACAUCCGCACUUGUCUGUCACAGAAAAUAAUCCAGACUCCACACUGACCCUACAGACGCUUUGCCAAUUUUGUUUUGCAUUUAAUUCUAAUUAUACAAAUCUUCUUGUAUAUGCUGAAAGCUGAUAUAUACUGUACGCAUACAGUGUGGUCCGUAAAUAUCUAGACAGUAACUGUUUUUAUGUUUUUUUGGAUCUGUACUCCAGCACAUUGGACUUCAAAUUAAAUUAUCAAAAUUAUAUUUAGUUUUAAUUUGAUGGAUUUGCAUCCAUAUCUGGUGAUCUGUGCUGGAAAUACAGCGCCUUUUAUAUAUGGCCCCAGUAGACACUAGCCACUGCUGCUGACAGCAGUGGAUUUCAGCCUGCUCUUGCCUGCCUGAAGGAAACACAAUUCUGCAACAUGCUGUAAUGUUAACCAGCACUAGCCAUCUUAAUGGUCAGCCACCAAGGCUGUCACUCACCCAGCUCACCACUGUAGGUGCCUAUCCAUACAUGUCUCCUCUUGCAUUCCUUCUAUUUGGUCAUAGUACAUAUUGGACACAUGCGUUUCAGAUACAGUAUUUUGUUUAGAAUAAUAAAUACAAGUAGACAAGCAAGGUUUUGGAUAGAAGUGAACACAGGUUGUCUGUGUAUCAUAGUAAUGACUGAGCAUGUUUGUUUUAUAAUAUUUUCUUGGUGAGAAUCCGGCAUAGUAUGCAUUUAAUUUGCACAGAUUGAAAAUGUGAUGUAUUGUAGAUUAUUUUCCUGCAAUAUAUGGCAUAUCGCAGAAUCAUCUGAGUUGUGACAUUUACUGCCGUUAUUUUGAUUCCCUGUAUGCGUUUGCAUGGUCAAAAUGAAUCUUAUGGCUAUUUAGCCUGCAUAGCUAACUGAAACCUGGUUUACCAUGUGAAAUUAAUUUAGGCCUAUGCUGUGCUAUUUCAACUUAAAAAUAGUAAAAUCAAUCAAUCAGUCAAACUGUCUACAAAAAUCAUAGUUUAUAACAGCUUAACAGUGGUAUUCUAGGCAGGCUAUACCUGAAUUUCAAUCACAAUUUCUAAUUCUUUAUUCGAUAGCCUUAUGUGCAGAGAUUAAAGCUGGUUCAUAGAGAGUGGUCGGGAUUAGGCCCUCCAUCCCAGCCUACCAGACAGUGAAUUGUUUUUGUAUGUUUUGUGUGAUGUAUAAUUAAAUUGAAAACAUAAUUUUAAA